UAAAAAUUUUAAACAAUUGUCAUUUUUCUUCGUUAUCCUCACCGAACCACAUAAACACUAUCACCCCUGCAAACUUUAUCAUCAUCUUCUUCUUCUUCCUCCAUCACCCCAACACAAAAAUGGAAGCCAACCCACAAGAAACCCCUGACCCCCAAUCAGAAGACCAAUCCCAGCCUCAACACCCCCUCUCCACCACCCCCUUCACCUCCCUCACACUCUCCCUCCCCACCCACUUCAUCUCCCCACCCCAACUCCCCUUUAAACCCCCUAAACUCAUCAAAAUCCCCAACCAAACAUCCUCCCUCUCUCUCAUCACCCUCUCUCUCUCCUCCGCCCCCACCAAACCCUCCUUCAAAUCCACCAUCUCCUCAAACCCACUCCAAACCCCUUUAUCCCUCAACCCCAGGCGCCCCUCCGAGCCCUCCAACCUCGCGGGCGCCCGCAGAACCUCCAUAGUGUGGUUCCGCAACGAUUUACGGGUCCACGACAACGAGUCCCUCUCCUCGGCCAACACCGAGUCCAGCUCGGUGUUGCCGGUCUACAUUUUCGACCCGCGGGACUACGGUAAGUCCUCGUCCGGGUUCGAUAAAACGGGCCCUUACCGGGCCUCGUUUUUACUAGAAUCAGUUUCCACUUUGAGGCAGAGUCUUCAGGCUAGAGGGUCUGAUCUUAUUGUUAGGAUUGGGAGACCGGAAACGGUUAUAGCUGAAUUGGUUAAGGUGGUUGGGGCCGAGGCGGUGUACACGCAUCGGGAGGUGUCGUUCGAUGAGGUUAAGGGGGAAGGGAAGGUUGAAAUGAAGUUGAAAGAUGAAGGGGUUGAGGUUAAGUAUUUUUGGGGGAGUACAUUGUAUCAUAUUGAUGAUUUGCCGUUUAAGUUGGAAGAUAUGCCAACGAAUUAUGGUGGGUUUAGGGAGAAGGUUAAGGGGUUGAAGAUUAGGAAGACGAUUGAGGCGCUUGAUCGGUUGAGAGGGUUGCCCGCGGGUGGGGAUGUGGAGCCUGGUGAGAUUCCGACUUUGGUUGAUUUGGGUUUGAAUCCUACUGCUACAAUGAACCAGGCGAAAGCGAGUGCGAAUGCUUCGCUUGUUGGAGGUGAGACUGAAGCAUUGGAAAGGCUUAAAAGAUUUGCUUCUGAAUGCAAAUCACAGCCUGCAAAAGACGGAAGUAACGAUAGCAGCAUGUAUGGUGCCAAAUUUUCGUGCAAGAUCUCGCCAUGGCUUGCAAUGGGAUGCCUUUCUCCUCGCUCUAUGUUCGAUGAGUUGAAGAAGUCUGCAUCCAGAACGAUUUCUGCUUCAACAAACGAGAAAGAUGGUGAUAUGAACUGGUUGAUGUAUGAGCUCUUAUGGAGGGAUUUCUUCAGAUUCAUCACCAAGAAAUACAGUUCCGCAAAACAGAAUAAUGCUGCUCCAGUGACAGCUUGCACGGGUGCAGCCGCGUGAGGAUUUCAUGUUUCUGAAACACGAAAUGUUUUUUUGUUUCUUUAGAUCAUCCCGCCUUCCCUUGAUAUGUUAUGUGAGGUGGGUUCUAAAAGAGCUUAUAUAUUCUGUGUAUCUGCUGCGUCAUAUAAACAUUUGUUUGCGUAUUAUUGAUGUGUUUCCAUGAUCAAAGUUGUGUUGAUUCGCACAAGACCUUCAUUAAUGAGAAACUUAAUUCGCCCUUGUAGCUUUUGAUAUUAGUGGGCUUUUACUAA